AUGGUAUCGAGCAUACGCCCGUUUAGGUGCCUCCCCAUCGCCUCCCCGUCACCUCCCCGUCCCCUCUGUAUCACCUUCCCGUCGCCUCACCGUCCCCUCCCCGUAACCUCCCCGUCGCCUCCCCGUCGCCUUCUCGUCAUCUUCCUGUUGUCGCCCCGCCCUCUCCCCGUAACCUCCUCGUCGCCUCCCCGUCAACUCCCUGUCGCCUCCCCGUCCCCUCCCCGUAAACUCCUCAUCACGUCCCUGUCGCCUCUCUGUCACCUUCUCGUCGCCUCCCCGUCCCCUCCUCGUCUCCUCCCCAUCACCUCCUUGUCACAUCCCCGUCCCCUCCCCGUCUCCUCCCCGUUGCCUCCCCGUCACCUUCUCGUCGACUCCCAGUCGCCUUCCUAUUGCCUUCCCGUCGCCUCCCCGUCCCCUCCCCAUAACCUCUCCGUCGCCUCCUCGGUCCGCCACCCCCUGUACGUCACCCACGCCCAGUCCGCUACCCGCACCCAUUACACCACCCGCACCCUACACUCAGUCUGCCAACCGCACCCCGCACCUAGUCCGCCACCCAGCACCCCGUACGCUACCUGCACUCCGCAACCCUAA